AUGACAUGUGAUCAGUCCAGCCUUCUGUUGGCGCUGCACCUGCUCCUCUGCGCCAUGGGAACCGCGUCCACCUUCCGAGGCGCAGGGGGGUUCGAGAAGAAAACCUCCAUUCUCCUGAGAGAGGAACCUGAAAACCCCAAGUGCUUUGCCGAGGGAAGGAAUGACUUUGUAUGCUUCUGGGAGGAAGAUGAGGAGAGAGCAGGAUCCGUGGAUCAGUACGCCUUCACAUACAACUACCAAAAUGAAAACAGCAGCACAUGCCCUCUAAGAGUCCUCCCAGCAGCCGGCGGGAAAAAGUUGUUUGUCUGCCACCUGAACCGUAUUCAGAUGUUCGUGCAGAUGGAAGCGGAUGACAAACAGCUGCUGCAGCCAGCUGUUGAUACCAUGGAGCUGGGGAGCAACCGGGAGAUGCAGAGGUGUCUGAGCAGUGUCAGGUCAAAGAGAAACAGACGAGGUCCGGUGAUUGAGGCUGAUGGGAUGCUCAAGAUGUUCCACUGUCCUUAUGAGGGCUGCAGUCAAGUCUACGUAGCAAUUAGCAGCUUUCAGAAUCAUGUGAAUCUAGUCCACAGGAAAGGGAGGACCAAGGUCUGCCCUCACCCCGGCUGUGGGAAAAAGUUCUAUCUGUCCAACCACCUGCACCGCCACAUGAUCAUCCACUCAGGGGUCAGAGACUUCAUAUGUGAGACGUGUGGAAAGUCCUUUAAGCGCAAGAACCAUCUGGAGGUGCACAGGCGAACACACACGGGGGAAACACCUCUCCAAUGUGAAAUCUGCGGCUACCAGUGCCGCCAGCGGGCCUCGCUCAACUGGCACAUGAGGAAGCACACCCCGGAGGCCCACUACAACUUCACCUGCGACUUCUGCGACAAGAGGUUCGAGAAGCUGGACAGUGUGAAGUUCCACAAGCUAAAGAGCCACCCGGAGAAGCAGGCCACCUGA